AUGUUUAGUAAGAUGAAAGCUUUGUUCCACAAGCCCCGAGAGAUAAAUAACCAACAAGGUAAACCGACUUCAUAUGUAAUUGAUGAGGAUCCUCUGCCCAAAAGAUCCAAAAAAGAGAUUCUGAAAAGAGCAGUUUCAUUAAAAUCAAUUCACCAUGACAAAUCUAAAAAAUCCAAAAACAAUAAACCUAUAACGAGAUAUGAUAUAUUCAAUUCACAUUACGGAGAGCAGUUCCAUUCAAAAGUAUCUGUAAUAAUAAAUAGAGAAGAGACGGCUAAUUUUUUCUACUACACUGACGCAAGCAGUAAAUAA